GCAGCAGCAGCAGCAGCAGCAGCAAUGUUUCACUUCUUCAGAAAGCCUCCGGAAUCUAAAAAGCCCUCAGUACCAGAGACAGAAGCAGAUGGAUUCGUCCUUUUAGAAGCAUCUCAGAAGCUCUACAGUGACGUGCUGUUAAAAGUGCUGACCCUGGGUCAGACCCUUUGGGUUGGCUUCGUGGCUCCACGACUUACUCUCUACCCUUGGCAGGGUGAAGAGAGAACCUGACAGCCAUAGGAGGAGGAAGGUUUGCCUCAUUUUAAGUCCGGAUGUGGUUAAAGCAUGGGAGUGGGAGAAGAGAAGGGAUUUGACUGAGACAAGUUGAUUUGAGUGAAGCCGCUACUCUUAGACAACUUUGCGUAAAACAGCUGAUUUUCUGUGAUUUCUACAGGAAGCAAAGCCAGCAGUCAGUGACAUCAAGACUUAAGAAGAUUGAAAAAUGUCCCAUCUUCAGAGGAAAUCUAGGAGAUACAACAGAUGAGCAAAGAAUGACAGCAAGAGGCAAAACUUCGGACAUAGAGGCCAACCAACCUUUGGAGACCAACAAAGAAAAUUCAUCCAGUGUGACUGUAUCAGACCCUGAGAUGGAAAAUAAGGCAGGCCAGACUCUGGAGAACAGCUCAUUAAUGGCCGAGCUCCUGAGCGAUGUACCCUUCACCCUGGCCCCGCAUGUGCUGGCAGUACAGGGCACCAUCACUGACCUUCCCGACCACUUACUCUCCUAUGAUGGCAGCGAAAACUUAUCAUGGUUUUGGUAUGAUUUCACUCUUGAAAAUUCAGUGCUCUGUGAUUCAUAAUCUUUAUGUCUGUUUGCACCUUAACAGCUUUAAAAUAUGUUCGCCUAUUUUAUCUAACCUGUUUGAUGUUCUUUGCCGUUUCACUGUUUAAGGUCCUCAGCAAGGAUCAUAAAGCAAAGAAAAUAGCAUUAUGUUCAUUACUCUAUUUUUAAGAAAAAGGUACAUUUGUAUACAAAUUUAACUUAAGUUCUACUUCCUUUCUCCCAUAUAAUAAAUAUACAAAUUAGGCUAUGAAGUUUUUAUGAAAGGACUCGAUUCCUUCAGAUGGUCUCUCAAAAUAUAACACCUCAAAUUUAUCUUAGAAGAACUGUGAAAAAGAAUUGUGGCAUUUUUCAGUCACUAGAGCUCUGAAGUCUGAGCAAGAAGUGGGUGUGAAGUCUCCUCUCUGGUUUGUAGGAAGUUGAAUUAGUGUUAUUCCUGAAUUUUUUUCUUCCACAGUGUUUAUGAAUGAAUUCAGAAAAAAAGUUGCCAGUUAGCUUAAUUUCUUCAGAUGCAUUGAUGUGGAAAUUUAAAACUUGUCCUAAACAGCAGUGCUAGUUUGCUGAUACGAAGAUGCUAGACCUGCUCUGCGUGCUCUUUCUGGAGUGGCCCAUUUCGGUUUUCUGAAACCCAUGGCAGCCCUUUCCAUCGUGAAUAAUUUUUGUGUUCCCACCUUUGUUCUCUGCCUUUUUGCUACUUCAGUGUGCUCUCUGACCAGCUUUCCAAAGAACUUGCCCUGCUUCUGCCUUGGUUGCCAUUUGCUCUCCUUACCACAUAUGUUCCCAGUUUAUGAAGAGAUCCACAUUUCCUUUCAACCCCUCUGCCUCCUGAAGAAAAACAUUUCAUGAUGAUACAUAUUAUUGCUGAUAACACCCUUAUUUAGAAAUUUGUUGGCCACAAUACAGAUGGAAAUGCUUUACUGCUGGAAAAACUAAAAUCAACUCAUUUCCAAUUAGAGUAUAGGCAGAACACCUAGAUAUGACUUUUAGUUCUUGAAUAUCCAUUACUUACUUUAAUGAAAACAGAACUGCCAUUGGUCAAUAAACUGUAAAGGGAAGAGGUAAAUUGUGAUAGAGAAUUUUCAAUGUCAUGGGAAAUUGAAAUCCCAUUUAUUUUGAUUACCAGCAAUAUGAUUUAUUAACUCUGUGCCAAGUUUUAAGUAUAUUUUUUCACAAAGAUAGAGUGCCAUAGUGAAACUAAACACUGUGCAUAAAGGUACAUGAAUUAUUCCAGUUUUAAAGUAUUAUGCAUGUUUGUUUAAUAAAUGUGGCAUGGUUUUAAUACAAAAGCUAUGUUAUUUAAAAGUUAGAGGAACAUUUCUAUUGACAAAAAUAUGCUUCAUUUACAUAUAAUGUUACCAUAUGAUGUUAAUGAUUAAAUUAGAUCUUUACAUAGUUCUUACAAAGCAUCAGUCUAGGAAAUAUGACUUAUUACUGAUGCAAAUGUGAACAUUUUGUAGUAGUUUUGUAAAAGAACAUCCUUUUCAAAUAUCUAUGUUAAUGUCCCCUUGAAAUUAAAUGCAAGCACAUAGUCAGUUUGUCUAAUUUUGUGUGAAAUUUUGUCGAAAAUACCUAAACAUUUCAUCUAUAUUUGUGCCUACCGUGUUAUAAAUGUUCGUAAGUACCUUCAUGUGUCUAUAAAAAAUGUUAUAUUUAAAUAAAUGUGAAUUAAAAUAAAAUUUUUGAUUAUUUUCAGAUCCAGAAAAA